CUCCUCCUCCUCCACCGCCUCUUCGCCCUCAUCCCCCGCCCCGACCUCGUCUCCUUCAACACCCUCCUCGCCUGCCACCUCGCCGCCGCCGACCUCGCCGGCGCCCGCCGCCUCUUCGCCGCCAUGCCCGCGCGCGACCUCGCCUCCUACAACACCAUGCUCUCCGGCCUCUCCAAACUCGGCGCCAUCGGCGACGCCCGCAAGCUGUUCGAUGAAAUGCCCCGCAGGAACUCCGUCUCUUGGAACGCCAUGGUCUCCGGAUUUUCCCGCGCCGGCGAUAUGGCCUCCGCUGAGGAGCUCUUUAGUCGAGCUCCUGAUCGGGACGAUGUGAUUUUGUGGACCGCGAUGGUGUCCGGGUACAUGGACGCUGGGGCGGUUGACAAGGCGGAGGAGAUGUUCGAUAGAAUGCCCGUUAGGAAUUUGGUCUCUUGGAAUGCCAUGAUUGCCGGUUAUGUUAAGAACGGGCGAUCGGAGUAUGGAUUAAUGCUCUUCAAGAAGAUGGCAGGAGCUCUUGGGGUGCGGCCAAAUGCGUCUACUUUGAGCAGUGCUCUGCUUGGUUGCAGCAAUUUGUCAUCUUUGGGUUUGGGAAAGCAGAUCCAUCAAUUCGUUUCGAAGUUGCCCCUUGGUCUGAUUACGACGGUUGGGACUUCUCUGGUCAGCAUGUAUUGUAAGUGUGGGGAUUUGGAGGACGCAUGUAAGCUGUUCGGUGAAAUGCAUAGGAAAGAUGUCGUUGCAUGGAAUGCAAUGAUUUCCGGGUAUGCGCAACAUGGGUACGGAGUUAAAGCUCUAGAUUUGUUCGAGAAAAUGAAGGGAGAGGGAGUUGAGCCGAAUUGGAUCACCUUUGUGGCAGUUUUAUCUGCUUGCAACCAUGCAGGGCUGGUCGAGUACGGGAUCGAAUGCUUUGAGUCGAUGAAGAACGUUUAUAAUGUUGAGCCACAGCCCGACCAUUAUUCUUGCAUGGUCGAUCUUCUCUGCCGAGCCGGCUCACUUGCGAAAGCUGUUCAAUUGAUCCGUUCAAUGCCGUUUAAACCGUACCCCGCGGUCUAUGGAACCUUAUUGGGUGCUUGUAGGACCUACAAGAAUUUGGAAUUCGCGGAGUUUGCCGCUCAAAAGCUGAUUGAGUUGGACCCACAAGGUGCAGGGGCUUAUGUCCAGUUGGCCAAUCUUUAUGCCGCGGUGAAUCGGUGGUGCGAUGUAUCCAGAGUUAGAAAGUUGAUGAAGGAGAAUGAGGUAGUGAAAAACCCUGGAUAUAGCUGGAUUGAGAUAAAAGGUGUAAUGCAUGAGUUCAGGUCGAACGAUAGGGUUCACUCUCAGCUCGAUUUGAUCCAUGAAAAAUUGUCCAAGUUAGCGACGAGGAUGAAACAAAUGGGGUACGUGCCCAAUUUAAAUUAUGUAUUGCAAGAUGUGGGGGAGGAACUGAAGGAACUGAUGCUGAUGAGGCACAGCGAGAAGCUUGCUAUUGCUUUUGGGCUGAUUAGUACAUCACCUGGGACUACCCUAAGAGUGUUCAAGAACCUUAGGGUAUGCGGGGAUUGCCACAACGCUGCCAAGUUCAUUUCAAAGAUCGAGGAGCGGGACAUAAUUUUGAGGGACACUACCCGUUUUCAUCAUUUUAGAGACGGUGGUUGUUCUUGUGGGGAUUAUUGGUGAAUUUGCAUUUGGCUUCUACAUUGGUGAAGUUGGGUUAUUUGACGUGAGAGAUGAUGCGUAAGUGCUGGUUACAAUAGAAAUUCGUUGGAAAGAAUUCGUUAUAUAUCAUAUCAUGUCACUGGUUACAUUGGAAAUUCUUCCGGUGGCUGAAGCAGAGAAGGAUACUACGUGGGUCCGUAUACAAUAUUUCAUCAUGGUAUUAUCUGAUUUGUGAACUAUGCACCAAAUUUCUCCAAGGCCACUGUUUUGUAUUUGCGGAGCUAGGACUACUAAGCUGGCAUUUGGAUGUUGACAACUAGGGGUGGCAAUCUAGCUCGCUGUUCGCGAACCAGCUCAUGUUCGGCUUGAAAUGAGCUUGAGAUCCAACCGCUCACGUAAUAAACGAGCCGAGUACGAGCUGAAUUUUUAGGCUUGGUACUUUAACAAUCCAGCUAGUGCUCGGCUCGUUUAUGAAACAAGUGGAACACGAGUCGACCCUAGCUCGCUCGUGCUCAGGUCGUUGAUACUCCUACUGACAACUACCAGACUGAUGAGAAGUUUAAAAAAUUUGUGAAACAGUUGACUAUCAAUCGUUUCAAUUUAUUAUUCAGGACAUUUGCGAUGUGUGUCCUGAGAAGCUACACAAAUUUGCAGGACCAAGUUGAAGAGCUCCUUUGAAGAGUACCUAUAUCCUAAUGAAGACAUGUAAUCGUCUUGACGGGAAUGGUCGGUGCUUUUUGUAGUUCCCAAACAACUUAGCUCUCAGUAUAGUCUAGAAACUUUCCCGAUCUUAUUGCAUUUAUUUUUGGAUAUCUUUUGGAUUAUUUUGAUGUUGUUAUAUGCAGGAAUUUACGGUCAUUUUACACUGGAUACAGACGACGGUAUUAAGGUAUCGGAUUCGAACCUUUUCCCUGCCGCCAUUGUCUCCUCCCUCAGCCCUCAGUCAAUCUUCUUCUGCAGAAUUUGAACUGCCGUUAUUCUUCCUCUAAACUCGCCAGGACAGCGGAUUUUCGCCUAAUUUUAGGUUUUUCUUUUCCACUUUUUUCACAAGGCGUAUGAGAUCGCCAUCGGAGGGUUUUGCAGGUUCGGGAGGAUGCUCGAUGCCCAAAGGGCUCUGAGGGAGAUGGCGCUGGAUCGGAUCCUGAUCGACGGACGGUUGAGGGAAAAGGUGUACAGGGUUUUGCUUUUGGAGGCUCGAAUUGAUGAGGCGAGGGAGUUGGAUGCGACGUUAAUAAAGGGCUCGCGCUGGGCAAGUAUAGGUGAAGGUGUCUUUAUCUUGUUAAAAUUGAUCGGUAAAAGAGAAACUAUUGCAUUCACGUGGUGCGUAUUACUACAUACACUGCAACUUAUAUUGUAUAAUAACUAAUGUUUCAGUAUUGAAAGUUAAUUAAAUAUAACUGAUUUAUUAGUCUAAUAAUUUAGAUUAUAUUUCAUGAAUUAAUUUGAAAAUCACAAUUGAGGAAUGUAAAGCACGAGAUGUAUGUACGUAAAUACACUCGGUGCAGAGAAUGUUCAGUACAUAAUUCCAAAAGCGGAGAAAUUUUUUUUUA